UAUUGGAGAGAUUGGUGCUUAUUUGCCUUUUGUAGGUAGUCAUUGGAUAUAAUUCGCAACCGAGUGGUAUUCAGAAUUACGACUGAGAGUCACAUUUCAACUUGGUAGAGUGUGAUAAUAGUCAUUCAAGAGGUUUAUUUUCCGACGAGGUUGAAGAUAUUCAACAUGUCUAAAGCAUUAAGCCUAUCAGGUUUUUCUCCCCAGGUCUCAGGCCAAGCAGAAGAAAGCAGUAGGUACUCAAGCACGAUGAUUCUGCAAAUGCAGGUGCACUUGACCAUCCACCUGUACCAACAAGCAUUUUCCUGAAAGUUACACUUCAUCUCCAUGAAUGGGAAUCCAUGUCACGAUUUCACAUGCGUCAUUGAAGCAAGUGGUAGCAGGUGCACCUCUCACCAAAUUUUGACUUGUGAUUUUCGGUUCUUCUGCAUCACCUUGACAUGUUUGGCGUAAAAUGUGCUGGUAACCUCAGGCGUCUGUCUAUCUGUCUUAUAGUACCCAUUUGUCUUCCUUUCUUUAAUUCCUCCCUCUCCUUCUCUUUCCACAUUUUUGGUAAAAUUUUGCCUUUUUCAUUCACUUUUUGCUUUUGGCAUUGCAUUCCCUUCAUGCAUAGGAUACCGAAAUCAUGGAGUUAAUCUUCCUUUCGCUUGGAUUAUUCUCCUCCUUGUCUUAUGCUGCAUCUGCAUCUCCUGCAGCAGAUAACGUCAUACGACUUAAACCUUCGUUGAACCCUCCCCCAGGCAUUUCCAAGCCAAUAGAUCCUUCGUUUGCAGGCUUCGGCAUAGAACCUUCCAACCUUUUCUCCUUCAUGGGCGCCGCGGACCCCAAUACCUUCACUCUGAACCUCCUCAACAACCUCGCGAACUACACGGGAAAGCCGCCUCAUAUUCGUAUUGGCGGGAACACCCAGGACUACAUGGUCUAUCGCGAGGACCAGAACCAAUGGACAUGGAUUAACAACGACAACGCCUUCGAGCAUGGGGCAAAUAAACAGGACAGCAUGCUCAUCGGCCCUCGCUUCUUCGAGGCCGCGAACCGUCUGCCGAACGGCACCACCGUGACCUGGGGGUUGAAUCUAGCAUACGAUCAAGAUGAUCACAUUAAACAAAUCACGACAAUGGCCAAGCAGGCCCUAACAAACUGCCCGAACCUGAAGAUCACAUCCUUCGAGAUCGGCAACGAGCCGGAUCUCUACCUGCAAAACGGCUUCCGCACCGGCCCGUGGGGCGGGCAGAUCUACACGCAGCAAUGGCUUUCGCGUGCCUCCGCCAUCCACUCGCAAGUGCUGCAGCCCCACGGCCUGCCGAGCAACUUCUUCGAAGCCGCCGCCACCGCCUCCACGAUCGGCACCGACUUCCAGAUCUCAGACCUCCUGGGCUUCGACAUCUGCACCGCCCCAUCGUACCUCAGCGGCUGGAACCAGCACGACUACUACUACUACAUCGGCGUCUCGGGGUACCCCGUCUCGCUCUCCCACCUGCUCCAGCUCUCCACGACCGAAGACCAAUUCGCCGCGUGGACCGAGCAAGUGCAGCAGGCACAACGAACCCCGUACCCGUACGCUCUGCGCGAGAUGGGGGUGGUCGGGCCGAUCGGGCUCGAGGGCGUGACCAACGUCUUCGGCGCGGCGCUGUGGACGCUCAACUUCCUGCUGUACACGGCGAGCCUCGGCAUCGCGGGCAUCGGCUUCCACAUGACGGACAACUCGAACGCGAGCGCGUGGCAGCCCGUCGCCAUGUACGGCCGGCCGGCGCACGUGCGCCCGCUGUACUAUGGCAUCGUGGCAUUCGACCAGGCGAUCGGCCCCUCGUGCGCUGCGCGCGUCGCGCAGUACCCGGUACCCCAGGUGCCCGACGGGUACGGUGACUUCGUGCGCGCGUACGCGGUGUAUCAGCAGCAGGCGCUCGCGACGCUGGUUGUUGUCAACGGCAAGGUGUUCAACAGCAGCAGCAGCAACAGCAACAGCAACAGCAACAGCGCGCCGGGGUCGCAGCCACAGAAACAAAGGGGCCGCAUCACCGUACAACUCCAGCUCCCACCUUCCACCGCAGGGCAGACGCUGUACCUAGCGUACCUGACGAACGCCGGCGCGGACGCGACCGCCAACACGACGUGGAACGGGAUCAGCUUCGAGCAGAGCGGCGACGGCACGCCAGCACAGGUCUCCUCCUCCGAAAACACAGUCCGCAUCGCCAACGACGGCACCGCGACAUUCUCGCUCCAGGACACGGAAGCCGUCGUCGCGAACCUCGGCAGAGAAGUCGGCGCCAGCACCCCCGGCGCGGAAACCUCGUGCUUGAAUGUUCCGCAGAAGUCGCCUGGUGAUAAUGACACCGAUACCACCCCUACGGACCCCUCUUCGUCUUCGUCGUUGUUGCUGCAGCCCCCCGCUGCGACGGGCGACGCCGGAACCCCUAAUUCUCCAGACGACGAUGCGGAGUCUGGUGUCGAGGCUAGAUUCGUGUUAGGUACUUGUACUAGUACUGCGAUUACGAUUGCGAUGGGCGUAAUGAUAGUUGGGUUAUAUUAAUGUUUUAGUUUGGUGUUUGCGUUACCUAAUAAGCUACCUACUUACUUGGGUAUCUGCCUACCUGGUUAGUUGUCGCUACCUAUGUACCUAGGCAUAGGAACAGGAGUGUCGGACAGAAGCUGGUACAAGAUAUACCUACCUAGCCAUUGAUUAUCGAUGUCUGGACAUGCUGUUUGUUCUUCUCUUUUGCUUUAUCUAGCCCUGGGGGGUGGUAGUAGAAGCUGAGGAGUGGGAGACGUGUGUAUUCUAGGUUACUUGUUAUUAUCUUAGCCAACUCAGGAAUCCCUAACAGAUAGGGAAUACGAAGGACAGGCAGGAUAGAAAAGGAUAAAAUGCAUACAUACACAAAUCCCAUCAGCUACAUCAACGACACUUUACAAGAGAGAGAGAGAGCAAGUCUAUAACGAACUGAAUGAUACGUGGUACACAAAGCAU